AUGCUUACUGAUUCAUCAUUAUUUUACAGUUUCAGCAAGCAAACUGCUGUAAAAGUUCAAUUAGUAUUUUUGGAUAUAAAAAUUGGAACUGAUAAACCAAAGAGAGUCAUAAUUAAAUUGUUUUAUGAUGAAAUGCCAAAAACUUGUGAAAAUUUUAGAGCAUUAUGUACAGGCGAAAAAUCAAAUCCAUGUAUGAUAUUAAAAAUAUAGAUAAGAUGUAAAAUUAAAUUUUAGAGACGUUCCUUUUCAUAAGAUUUAUAGUAAUUUUAUGGCACUUGGUGGAGAUAUCUUGAAUAAAGAUGGUACAGGUUAAUGUAGUAUUUAUGGACCAACCUUCAAAGCUGAACCCAAAAGAUUCAAACAUGAUUAAAGAGGUUUGAUCUCAAUGUUUAAUGAUGGAAAUGGCAAUAUAGGAUCAUAAUUCUUUUUUACUUUUACAGAUUGCUCAUGGGUUGACGGAUUGCAUUCGGUAUUCGGAAAGAUUGUUGAAGAUUACAGUAUAUUAGAUGAAUUAGAGAAAAGUUAUAAUUAAUUUCUAUUAUUUAGUUUCAUCAACAAAUGGAGCACCAAAAAAAUUAGUAAGAAUAGUUGAUUCAGGUGUAAUAAUGUGAA